AUGACUUCGAAGAUCGCCAUUUUGGGAUCUGGAGAGGUCGGUUCCACAAUCGCCUACUCGCUGAUCCUGAACCCUGUUGCUGGAGAGAUCCUGCUUGUCGAUCCUAAGGAGGAUGUUCGUGAUGCUCAGGUACAGGACCUUUCUGAUGCUACUUUCCAUGGCGAUACGAGUACUCAGGUACGCGCUGGCACACACAAGGAAGCUGGACAAUGUGAUAUCGUCGUCAUUACUGCUGGUGCAGCACAGAAGAAGGGAGAGAGCCGUACCGACCUUGUUGGCCGCAACCUCAAGAUUCUGGGCUCAGCAAUUGAGGACAUGAAGCCCUUCCGCGAGGACACUAUCAUUCUCCUGGUCACCAACCCUGUAGAUAUCUUGACCUACUACGCUCAAAAGUUCUCGGGUCUUCCAAAGAACCAAGUUCUUGGUAGCGGUACCUUCCUCGACAGUGCUCGCCUUCGUGGUAUCCUUGCUCAGAAGUGUGGUGUGGCCGCUAGCUCUAUUGACGCUUAUGUGCUGGGUGAGCACGGUGAAUCGCAGAUGGUUGCAUGGUCUCAUGCAUCGAUAGGCGGCGUACCUCUUGAACGCGCCCUUCCAGAUGCUGGCAUCGACAAGAAUGCCAUCGCAGAAGACACCAAGAAGAAAGCCGCUGCAAUCAUGGAGUCCAAGGGUGCCACAGCCUACGGUAUUGGUGGCGUAGCUGCUUCCAUUUGCAAGUCAAUCUUCUUUGACCAAUGCAACAUCAGACCCAUCAGUCACUACCAAGAUGACUUGAAUGUCUGCCUUUCGAUGCCGGUGGUUAUCGGCAGAAAGGGUAUUGUCAGACAGAUCCCGAUUGAGCUCAAUGACAGUGAGAGGAAGGAGUUCGAGCAGAGCGGCAAGAGUUUGAGGAAGAUCAUUGACGAUGUGGAGAAGGAGCAGUCCAAGGAGUAG